GGCCAAGGCGGGGCCAGGCCGGUUAGAGNAGCGGCGGCCCCCGGCGAGGUUCACUACGCUUGCGCUGACAGACGCAAGAUGGCGGACAGUGCGGAACUAAAGCAAAUGGUUAUGAGCCUUAGAGUUUCUGAACUCCAAGUACUGUUGGGCUACGCUGGGAGAAACAAGCACGGACGCAAACACGAACUUCUCACAAAAGCCCUGCAUUUGCUAAAGGCUGGCUGUAGUCCUGCUGUACAAAUGAAAAUUAAAGAACUCUAUAGGCGGCGGUUCCCCCAGAAAAUCAUGACGCCUGCGGACUUGUCCAUCCCCAACGUACAUUCAAGUCCUAUGCCAGCAACUUUGUCUCCAUCUACCAUUCCACAGCUUACUUAUGAUGGUCACCCUGCAUCAUCACCGUUACUCCCUGUUUCUCUUCUGGGACCUAAACAUGAACUGGAACUUCCUCAUCUUACAUCAGCUCUUCACCCAGUCCAUCCGGAUAUAAAACUUCAAAAAUUACCAUUUUAUGAUUUACUGGAUGAACUGAUAAAACCCACCAGUCUAGCAUCAGACAACAGUCAGCGCUUUCGAGAAACCUGUUUUGCAUUUGCAUUGACGCCCCAACAAGUGCAGCAAAUCAGUAGUUCCAUGGAUAUUUCUGGGACCAAAUGUGACUUCACAGUGCAGGUCCAGUUAAGGUUUUGUUUAUCAGAAACCAGUUGUCCACAAGAAGAUCACUUCCCACCCAAUCUUUGUGUGAAAGUGAAUACAAAACCUUGCAGCCUUCCCGGGUACCUUCCACCUACUAAAAAUGGUGUGGAACCAAAGCGACCCAGCAGACCAAUUAAUAUCACUUCACUUGUCCGAUUGUCCACAACAGUUCCAAACACCAUUGUUGUUUCUUGGACUGCAGAAAUUGGAAGAAACUAUUCCAUGGCAGUAUAUCUUGUAAAACAGUUGUCCUCAACAGUUCUUCUUCAGAGGUUACGAGCAAAGGGAAUAAGGAAUCCGGAUCAUUCUAGAGCUUUAAUUAAAGAGAAAUUGACUGCGGAUCCAGACAGUGAAAUAGCUACAACCAGCCUAAGGGUUUCUCUGCUAUGUCCGCUUGGUAAAAUGCGGCUGACAAUUCCGUGUCGGGCCCUUACGUGUUCUCAUCUGCAGUGUUUUGAUGCAACUCUUUAUAUUCAGAUGAAUGAGAAAAAACCAACCUGGGUUUGUCCUGUCUGUGAUAAGAAGGCCCCGUAUGAACACCUUAUUAUUGAUGGUUUGUUUAUGGAAAUCCUGAAGUACUGUACAGAUUGUGAUGAAAUACAAUUUAAGGAGGAUGGCUCAUGGGCACCGAUGAGAUCAAAAAAGGAAGUACAAGAAGUUUCUGCCUCUUACAAUGGAGUCGAUGGAUGCUUGAGCUCCACAUUAGAGCAUCAGGUGACUUCUCACCACCAGUCCUCAAAUAAAAACAAGAAAGUAGAGGUGAUUGACCUAACCAUAGACAGUUCAUCUGAUGAAGAGGAAGAAGAGCCAUCUGCCAAGAGGACCUGUCCUUCCCUAUCUCCCACAUCACCACUAAAUAAUAAAGGCAUUUUAAGUCUUCCACAUCAAGCAUCUCCAGUAUCACGCACCCCAAGCCUUCCUGCUGUAGACACCAGCUACAUUAACACCUCCCUUAUCCAAGACUACAGGCAUCCUUUCCACAUGACCCCCAUGCCUUAUGACUUACAAGGAUUAGAUUUCUUUCCUUUCUUAUCAGGAGACAAUCAGCAUUACAACACCUCUUUGCUUGCCGCUGCAGCAGCAGCAGUUUCAGAUGAUCAAGACCUCCUACACUCUUCUCGUUUUUUUCCAUAUACCUCCUCACAGAUGUUUCUCGAUCAGUUAAGUGCAGGAGGCAGUACUUCUCUGCCAACCACCAAUGGAAGCAGUAGUGGCAGUAACAGCAGCCUCGUAUCCUCCAACAGCCUAAGGGAGAACCAUAGCCACACUGUCACAAACAGGAGCAGCACGGACACAGCAUCCAUCUUCGGCAUCAUACCAGACAUCAUUUCAUUGGACUGAUUUCCUUGCCCCUGCUGCUCCCGUCCCUGUCUCAGAUUAAAUGAACUUGGCAGAAAGAAGAGAACUUUGUGCUGUUUUACCUUAUUCUGUUUAGAAAAGUACACAAGCGUGUUUUUUCCUUUUUUUAGGGAAAAGAAUUAAAAGAAAUGUACAGAGAACAAAACUAUAUUUUCAGUUUUACUUUUGUAUAUAAAUCUAAGACUGCCUGUCUGAUAAAACACUUGUUUAAAAAAAAAAAAAGGAAAGAAAAGAAAAAAGAAAAAACAAGCACCCACAAACCACUUUCAGUUCAUUUUUUCUGGAUUCUGAAGAUUUUUCAUCAUUUGUCCUGGUUUUAGUUUUAUUUUACUUCAAUGGCAUUAUUAUUAUUAUUAUUUUUUUUUUUGCAAUAACAGAAAAGGAAUUGCAUGUAUGAAGUUUUAAAUUGUGGGCUUUUCUUUGUUGUGGGAGGGGGUGGGGGGGGUAGUUUGAUUUCCAUUUUCUAAAAAUGACAGACUUGGAUUCUGUUUGUGUGUGUGUGUGCGUGUGCAUAUUUUAUCCAGCCGUAAGUUAUAAAUCUCAUCUGUCCCACUGCAUUCCCUAUGUAUUUUCAAGACAUAGCUUGCGGGUGUGGGUGUUCAGCGUAGUGUGUCUGUGUGUAUUUUUCUGUUGUUACUGUUCUCCUCUCAAGUUUGCAUUCAGUUAAUAUAUCAGUUGCCUGCUUCUUUCAAAGUGCUUUGAAGGUCUUGAACUCACAUGUGAGUUCAACUAUUCCAAUUGCAUGUUCUCCAUCAUAUGUUCUCUCUUAUUUGCUAUAAUACCCCCUGAGAAUACGUUUUAGAGUAAUUGGAGUAAAGCCGUCUGGGUGAGGAGUAGGCUUAGCAGACCUGUGAAUAAUACACUUUAGUCUACUUCUUUAUUCUCAAUCUGGAUUGCCAGUAUUGUGUUUGUAAACCAAGUCUGUGAAUACCUGCUUUUUUGGCCACAGGGUAACAAGUUUUCGUGGAAGAUCUUCAUACCAAAUUAGGAAGUAAAAAUAGCUUAGAAAGCCCUGUUGAGUAUCUUAUGCAGCUAACAGAGGUAAGGUUACAUCACCUCAAAAAGAAAGAUAAGUCAGUUAUCCUAAAAAUAAAUUCUUUUUGGAAAAUACAGUGCACUAUAUAUGUCAAUCUGUAGAAAUCUACUAUUUGAUAAACAGUUGAAAUUCAAAGUGGGUUUGACCUUUAGUCAUUUUUACUCUCUGGUUCUGAGUACUUAUUUUCUUAGCCUGUUUACCUUGUUUAUUUUUAUCUUCACCUUUUAACAAGCAUGACAUAGGACAGUCAUUUUUUUAGAAUUUAUGGGGGUCAAUCUGAUCUACUCAUAUUAAUAAUGGAACGUAAAUAAAUUGAAAACUGUUUUUCAGGAGAUGAGUAAGGGUUGGAGGGAAGGAAAAGUGGUUCUAUAUGCGUUCCAAAAUCCUCAUCAGAGAAAGUAUUACGUUCUCAGGUGUGGAAAAUAUUUUUUAGUUGAUUGAGAAUGCAGGUUUAACAGAAAAGAUAAAGGGGCAUAAUGAUCGCCAGUUUUCCAGACUGGAUUUUUAUAACACAAUUGUUAAUGUUCUCAGAGUUGAUGAAGGACCACCUUUGUGUAUAAACUUGUUGUUUUAAACCUUGCAUUGGUAACAAAAUAACCUACUUAAUCCAGGUAGAAUUCAAGAUGGCUGUAUCUUCAGUUGUAUGAUAAAAUUAGUGGUUCACAUGACUGUGUGGCAUCUAAAAAUAAUACCUGUUUUUACAGCAUCUCUCUGCCACUAAAUUGUUGACUUGAAUUUUGGGGAAAAAAAGUUGGUGUUGAUAUGUAUAUGUGUGUGUGUAUAUAUGUAUUUAUAAACAAGUGUGUGUGAGUAACAAGUGAGUUAAAUAGUCUUCCCCUACGCAUGUGUAUUCCACACAUAAAUGGCUGAAUAUAGUCACAAUUUGCAAUUAAAAAAAAAUUGUCAGUUAAAACAGAAAAUAGUUAAGUUUUUUAAUGAAUCUGGUGUUAUGGUGAAUAAACACUUUAAGAACUCUCGUUGCCAUCUUAGGCUAAUUUUUAAUAGUACCGUAAUUUGUGUCUAAAUUUGGAUUGGAGUAGAAAUUACUAAAAUUGUGGGGAGUUGUUUCCUAUUUCACACUGCAAUAGGAAACAUUUCUGUUAAUUCUACUAUCUAAGGUAAAAUGGUUUUCUUUAUUCCUGUUUUUUUUUUUUUCUUUUUCUGUUGUUAGUGGUCUCAAAAUUCUGAACAGUAACUUUGUGUAUGACGCUGAAUUACAAACUCUUUGAAUGAUCUAAUUGAAAAACCAGUUCCUCUACUUUCUGAAGAAGCCCAGUUUUGGAGAGGAUUAGUUAAUUUCCCUCUGUGUCCUGCAUCAUACCAACCUCUAAGGGAAGAACAUGUAAUAAGGAGAAAUAAACGUCUGUCCAGUGGCUUCGGUCAUAUCUCCGUGGGAGAAACUAACCAGUCAGUUGUCUUUUUAUUUUAGUUCAUUCCACUUUUGUGAGGAGUUCAUUUCCUUCAGUUAUUGGCUUUCCAAAAUGUUGCAUUAAGUAAUAGUUAUCACUCUGUUGGUCUCAUAGAGACUUUCAUGAUCUGUAAUAAUUAUUAGUAGAGUCAUGCACUACAUCUUUAUUUCCUGAGUUUAAAAAAAAAGCCCACAGUCACUUCAUAUCUUUUUUCCUUAGCCCACUCCCACUCCCCACCCCAUGUCAACGUUGACAUGCUGUCUGUAGAUAAAUAGCAAUUCUCAGGAUCUUUAGGCAAGAUGCCACCAUCCCCCUUGCCUUGAUCUUUCAUAAUAGGUGUGUGUAUGUUUAUGUUUCUGUACAGCACUAUAUGUGUGCGUGUGUAUGUAUAUCUGUAUGUAAACAUCUGUGAUAAAAUAGCUGUUCGAUGAGCAGGAUUGAAGUGGCUUUUAAUUACUUUGUGGGCAUUAUUGGACACAUCUUUUUUUAAAAAAACAAUCUGAACCUUAACCAUGCCACACUUGGUUGACUAAUUUAUUUUGAGCAUUAAAAUUUUCUGUUAUUUAGACAUUACCACAAGUCUAUAUAUCAUUACUGACUUAGAAAAGAUUCACUUAAACUUCUGAAAAAUGUGAUUUCUUUGCAGAUUUUCCUUUAAGUGUCUGAAACUGAAUGAAAGUAUGUCCCAAUUGUAAAUUAAUGUGGAAAGAACAAUGUUUAUAAAACAAUUUCAAUUUUAAUUACAUAAAACUUUCAAGAUCUUCAGGACUUUUUAAGGCACGUUUAAAAUUAUUUUAGUAAGAAUUUUGUUUUAUCAAUAUAUGUUGAAUUCUGUUUUUUAAUUAAACACAAAGCUUAGAUUUAAGAAAGAGGGAGGGAGAAUAGCUGGUGGUCCCAGAGUGUGCUGCUGUUAAUUGUUUAAUUAACAAAGGGGAAAAUGUAUAUAAACAGAUAUAAAAGUUACCAUAAAUUCCAUGAACUUAAAUCUGUGAUUCAUUGCCUUAAAACUUUCUCUCUUAGAAUUUCCAUACCGCAUGCCAAACCAGUAAAAUGGCUUUUAAAAAUGUAUAGUAGACCAAUGUCAGUUUGUAUAAAAGUAUCAAGUGAAAAUAUUUAUUACAUGCAUUGGAAAAAAAUUGUUUACCUAUUGAAUGUUACCUGUUUAUGUAGAGCUCUUUAGAUGUAAUAAAAGAAAAGCCUUCAGUUAA